AUGGGUGUUAUUGAUUAUAUUUCAGAUUUUUUCUCAGUGUCCCCAGCCACAGGAAAGAAACGCAAACCAAUGCAGACCGUGGAGAUCAAAGUGAAAAUGGACUGUGAUGGCUGUGAAAGAAGAGUUAGAAAUUCUGUUGCCCACAUGAAAGGUGUGAAACAAGUGGAGGUGAAUAGAAAGCAAAGCAAAGUGACUGUAACUGGGUACGUUGACCGAAACAGGGUCUUAAAGAAAGUGCAGAGCACAGGAAAGAGAGCAGAUUUUUGGCCCUAUAUUCCUUACAAUUUGGUGGCUUAUCCAUAUGUAGCACAAGCAUAUGACAAGAAGGCACCAUCAGGUUAUGUGAAAAACGCUGUGCAAGCAUUCCCUACCCCAAAUGCACUCGAUGAGAAACUCACCUUCCUCUUCAGUGAUGAAAACCCCAAUGCAUGUUCAAUCAUGUAA